GUGGACGUCACAGCGUUCCCGGCCGCUUGGAUGGUGGAGGGCGCGGCGGACCUCGUCAAGGCUCUCAGGGCGCGCAUGUACCGCUUCCAUGGGCCGUGGUGUGCGUGGGGCCGCCCGCUCAACGCCGCGACCGCAGUGGUCUUUACGCCGCUCCUUAUGGGCCGCGCGGGCGAGUGGGUCAUCCCUUGCCCGUUUACUACGUACCGUGGUUCGCGCCUCGUCUUCAAUCUCACGGGCUUCCGCGUGCUUGAUCCCGGUGAAACCGUGUUCCCGCCGACCGCGGAUACCCUCAACCUCGUCUCGGCGGCAGAGGUUGUCAUCAACUUCACAGGCAUUGCUGAUAAUACGCAAGAGACCCCGCCCGGCCACCUCGGCCUGAUGUUCCCUACUGCCCGAAUAA